UUUAAUUCCCUGCCUUCCCUUGGCUCCCAUUAACUAGCUCAGCCUCAGCUCGCUGCUGCUUUACCUCGCAGAGGAAAGGAGAGCCAAACUAGCAGUGGAGCUACCCUCCUGCUUUCCUAUCUUACUCCAAGGGAAGGUAAGGGAGAAAGAGAGAGCUAGCUAGAUCCAUUGGAGAGAUUAAGCUCAAACCUUAUCUCGUGUGAGCUUCUUUCUGCCUAGCCGAAAAGCAUCACAAACAAUGUCUCGGUUGGACGAGACCAUAUUUGCCAAGUUUGAGCGUUCUAUGGUAAGGUUGCACUCUCCAGGCAGAACAACGGGCAAUGGCUUCAUUGUAUAUUCCAUGAGCGGCACACAUCUUGUUAUGAGCUGUGAACACAUCAUGCAAGGGGUUGCCCUGGGCUCCUCCAUGCCGGCGUACUUCUCCGACAAAAGUAAUGAAACUGCCAUGCUACUCCAUGUUGACAAGGUUAGGGAUCUUUCCUUGCUGAAGAUUGCAGAUUCGCAGCAUGUCUGCACUCCUGUGGAGUUCUUUGCUGGACCCACUGUGCCGGAGAUGGAUGUUGUUAUGCUUUCCUUUUUCAGAAUGGUUGGUUCACACGUUGUGCGCCCAGGGACGUUCCAAGGCAAAAUAGUAGGACCACCGGAUACUCGCAAAGGACCACCGAUUGCUCAAACACCUGAACACGAAUGUGUUCGCUCAAACUACGUAGCUAGUCCUGGCGCAUCAGUCCCCACAAUCAUAGCUGCUCUACGAGGGUGGCUUCAAUGUAACAAUGAAAAUGCUUCGAUACAGUUCAUGCUAGCGAGACUUGCAUCCCCCCAAGCACAAACACAUGAAGGUCCUGCCUGCUCGUGAUGUGGUUUCGUACUCCGGGAGCUGGCCACGACCACGAUCGACAGUUGUUGUGGGGAAAUGAUAUGUGUCUCGUUGCAGGUUGGCUGUCAUGUGUUUGUGUCAUUGUGUCUGUUAUGUGUGGCACCAACCGUUUGUAUGGCUAAGCUAGUGGGUUGGAUCAGUAUCUAGAUGUCAAGCCGUCUCAGUAACUUUGUAGAGCGACUUCCUGGAAGCGUAGUGGUGACUCAGUUGUGUUGUGUACCACUCGCUCUUCUAAAUUCAGGCAAAAAAUCGAGCCAAAUUUCAGUCAA